AUCUAUUUUGCGAUGCGACCUACUAAUUAUUAUGAAGUUCUCGGGGUCGAGUCUAAUGCUACUGAGAAUGAAAUAAGAAAAGCUUACCGGAAGUUAGCGAUGAAAUUUCAUCCCGAUAAAAAUCCGGAUGAAGAAGCCUCGGAAAAAUUCAAAGAAAUUAGUCAUGCAUACGAAAUCUUGAGUGAUCAGGAAAAAAGGGAGAUGUACGAUCGUUAUGGUGAAGAAGGUCUUUCAAAUAGCGGUGUCCCGUCAGCCGAAGAUAUAUUAACGAACUUAUUUGGAUUUGGAGGCGGUAGUAUGGGUGGCGGUGGGUUUUCCAGACAGAAACGAGGUGAAGAUAUAGUCAAACCUUUCAAUGUUACUCUGGAAGAUCUCUACAACGGCAAGAAAGCAAAAAUAUUUUUACAGCGGGACAUUGUCUGCUCCGUGUGUCACGGCAAGGGUAGCAAAACCGGAGCGACUAAGAAAUGUCACAGUUGUGAAGGUCGCGGUGUCAAAAUUGCCAUGAGGCAGAUCGGUCCUGGAAUGAUUCAAAGGAUAAACACCGUCUGUGGAACUUGUGAUGGCGCGGGAGAAAUAAUUAGGGAGAAGGACAAAUGCAAAAAAUGUAAAGGUCUUAAGGUCCUUAAUGAAAAGAAAAAGUUGGAUAUUUUCAUUGAUAAAGGUAUGCAAAAUAAUCAGAAAAUAGUUAUGCAGGGUGAGGCGGAUCAAGAGCCUGGAGUUGAGACAGGGGAUGUGAUUCUUGUUCUUAAACAAAAACCUCAUGAAAAAUUUGAGCGUCAAGGUGAUGAUUUGCUUACAGAAGUAAGCAUUUCCAUUACCGAGGCAUUAUGUGGAUUUUCGAAGGUUCUUGUUACGCAUCUUGAUGGUCGCGGUUUAAUUAUAAAUCAUCCUGCUGGUGAGGUGAUAAAGCCAGGAGCCAUUAAAUGCAUAGAGAAUGAAGGAAUGCCUCAUUAUAAGCGUCCAUUUGACAAAGGAAACUUAUAUCUCAAAUUUAAUGUGGAAUUCCCGUCGCCUUCGUGGAUUUCACCAGAACAAUUGAAGGAAUUGGAGGCCUUCUUGCCUACUCGUGAUGUUGAGGAUCCCUCAAAUCAACCAGAAAUUUCAGAUGAAGUGCACUUAAAAGAUGCCAACAUCAGCGAUUAUGGAGAGAAAAAAGGAAAAGAAGGAAACAUAUGGGACGAGGACGACGAAGAAGAUGAUGAAGAACAGCCCAUGAGCUGUACUCAGCAGUAG